AUGUAUGCACGGUAUAUCCCCUCAGCGGGAGGGCAGAAGUCUACCAGUAACAAUCGAGAGCCUCUUCCUGUCGCGAAGCAAUCGCCGGCGCCUCCUACAGCCUCAAGUGGAGAUGGACUCUCCUACUCUCGCUACAUACCCGGCGUGACGCCUCAGAAGCAAUCCGAGACACCAACUGUCCAGCGAUUCGAAGACGAGUCAGACUCUGCGAAAUCGAAGAGGAAACGAGACGAUGGGGAGCAGCUACAGGAGCCGCAGGACAAGAAGCGGAAGGAGAAGGGCUCCGAAGCCGUCCCGGAAUUACCAGAAUCCGCAGAGCAAGAGAAAAAGGCCAAGAGGAGCAAGGAAUCCGAACCGAAUGGCGCUGGAGUGAAAGAGAGCAAGAAAGACAAGAAAGAGAAGAAGAAGGCGAAGAAAGAGAAAAGGCAAAAAGACGCAUCCGAUGAGGCGGACAAUGGGUCUACUUCCGAAGACCAGAACCCAAAACAGACCUCAGACACUUCCAAUGCCCAUCUCGAAGACUCUGAAAUGGUAGAUGCAGAGCCCGCCACAACAGACGGCAUAACCCCCGCGCCCCAAGAGCAGCAACCCAAAAAGCCCAAGAAAGAAAAGAAGAAGAAAUCGCAAAACGUCCCCACGGACGAAGCAGAGGGAGCAGAAGAAGAAGAAGAAGAAGACACCCGACACAAGGCCGUCUUCGAGCGCCUCGGCAAAUCACUCAAAUACGCCGAAAUCCUCAAAGAGCAAGGCAUCGACGAGGAACCCCAAGAACCAACCGAGCUCCACGGCCUAGAACCCCUCCCACAACCCGCGCGCACCGCCCCCAGCGCCGCAAAACCAACAUACGAGAUCCUCCCGCCGUGGCUCUCCGCGCCGAUCCGCGUCUCAGUGGACACGCGGACGCCCUUCACCGAGCUGGGCAUCCUCCCCAAGGCCGCGCGGGUCCUCGAACAAAAGGGCUACACAGAAGCUUUUGCCGUGCAGACGGCUGCUCUGCCACUCCUUCUCCCCUCGAACAAGCAGCAGCAGCCCGGCGAUCUCCUCGUCUCGGCCGCAACAGGAUCGGGAAAGACGCUGGCGUACGCUCUACCCAUUGUGCGUGACGUGAGCAACAGCGUCGUCACAAGACUGCGUGCGCUCGUCGUGCUGCCCACGCGCGAACUCGUCAAGCAGGCCCAAGAGGUAUUCGAGCUCUGCGCAAAAGCCUACGAGGGCGAAGACAGGAAGAGAGUCCGCGUGGGCAUCGCCAUCGGCAACCAGUCCCUGGCUUCAGAACAGGACCUCCUCGUCGGCAGGGAGACGCGCUACGACCCUGAAGCGUACAAGCAGCUGGAACAAGAAGCAUCAAGCUCAUCAUCAUCAUCGCCCAGCAGCCAAGACGACUUAGACGCCCUCCUCCUCCUCAGCGGGCCCGACCGCCGCGCCAACCCCCGCCUCGGCCCCUGGCAAGGCCAGGUCAUUGACUUUUACUCCAAAGUCGACGUCCUCAUCUGCACCCCCGGCCGCCUCGUCGAACACCUCGACCAGACCCCCGGCUUCACCCUCUCCCACGUCCGAUGGCUCGUCGUCGACGAAGCGGACAAGCUCCUCGCGCAGAGCUUCCAGGGCUGGCUCGACGUUGUCCUGGACAAGUUCAAGACGACGACCAGUCAUCACAGCAGCAGCAGCAGCAACGUUUUGGGCGCCAGAGACUUUCCCGACAUGCCGUACUCGGGCGUCCGCAAGAUUUUGCUCAGCGCCACGCUGACGAGGGACCUCAGCCUGCUGAACCAGCUCGCGCUCCGCUCUGCAAAGAAUGAGCAUCUUGCUACGAAGGCUCAGUCGGACCCAAGUUCAGACACUAGUUCCGACGACUCAAGCUCCGAGUCCGACUCGUCCUCUGAUUCAGACUCGGACUCGGACGCUACAAGCUCAGACUCGGAUUCGGAUUCAGACACGUCCUCAUCCUCAUCAUCAUCAUCAAGGUCCACCAGAAGCAAGACCAAAACUCAAUCCCGCAUCCCCUCCAAACACUCACCCAUCCCCCGAUCCCUCAUCUUCACCAAGUCCAACGAGUCCGCCCUCCGCCUCUCCCGCCUCCUCGCCCUCCUCGACCCGUCCCUCGCCACGCAAAUUGGCACCCUCACAUCCACGACGCCCACCAGCGUCCGGCGAAAGACCCUCCGCGCAUUCACCACCCCGUCCUCCCCGCUGCGCCUCAUCAUCGCGUCCGAUCUCGUGGCUCGCGGUAUCGAUAUACCAAAGCUGCCACACGUCAUCAACUACGAUCUGCCGCCGAGCGUGGCUGGUUACGUGCAUCGUGUGGGACGAACUGCGCGUGCGGGACGACAGGGUUGCGCGUGGACGCUUGUGGGUGACGGGGAGAGUGGCUGGUUCUGGGGCAAGAUUGGCAAGAGUGCGGCUGUGAAGAGGGCGCAGAAGGUGGGACGAGUCAUGAUUGAGGAGAUGAGCGAGGAGAGGAUAGAAGAGUAUGAGGCUGCGCUGGAGAAGCUGGGCAAGGAGGCGCUCGAGUCACGGAAGAAAUAG